CCUUCCUCAUGUUGUCUUUAAUACGCUCCUCGACGAGACUCUACUCUUCCACAGCAGCCAAGCACACCAAGGCAGAUGCCAUUGGCUUUAUCGGCCUAGGUCAAAUGGGCUAUAACAUGGCCAAUAACCUCGCGUUGAAGGCGGGUAGACCCCUGAUUGUACAUGACGUGGUGGAGAGUACACUGGACAAAUUCAAAGAUGCAAAUAAGGAUGUGCAGAUUGCUGCUACGCCGGCCGAACUGGCGGAUAGAGUCGGUACUAUCAUCACCAUGCUGCCUGCAUCUCCUCAUGUCAAAGAAGUGUAUUUCGGAACAGAUGGUGUAUUGCAAGGUUUGGCAAAGGAUACCAUGGUCAUUGACUCUUCUACCAUCGAUGCUCUUGUCGCAAAGGAGCUUGCUGCGGCCAUUGUUGAAAAGGGUGCUGUGGCCUUGGAUGCACCUGUCAGUGGUGGUAUCCUUGGAGCCGCGGCUGGAACGUUGACCUUUAUGGUGGGCGCAGCGUCCGAAGCGGAUUUUAACCAAGCCAAGCCAUUGUUGGAGCUGAUGGGUAAGAACAUUGUUUAUUGUGGAGCGAACGGCAAUGGUCAAGUUGCCAAAAUCUGCAACAAUAUGCUGCUCGGCAUCUCCAUGAUCGCUGUUUCCGAGACGAUGCAGCUCGGCAUCCGGAUGGGCAUGGAUCCAAAGCUGUUGGCCAACAUCCUCAACACCUCCAGUGGUCGUUGCUGGAGUUCCGAUACCUACAACCCCUGCCCUGACGUUAUACCCAACACGCCUUCGUGCAAAGGAUACACUGGUGGAUUCGGCAACACCUUGAUGGCCAAGGAUCUUCGUUUGGCUAUGAAUGCUGCGCAAGAGUCCAACAGCACUGUUUUGAUGGGCGCCUUGGCUUCACAGGUCUACAAUCGCGUCUCCAACGAGAAGGAGUACCGUGGUUUAGAUUUUUCGAGUGUCUUCAAGGUAAGUGGGGCGGGGCGGAAGUCGAUCUCUGGAGUACGGAUACUAACGAUGAGACGUCUGAUUACAGUGGCUAUCGAAUGGAAAAUAAAGACCAUAGUGUAUAAUGCAUUUGCUGAAGCCAAUGGUGUAACUGGGUGUAAUAAACACGGUAUUUAAAGGGUGCCGCCUUUUGCAGUACCACCCCAUCUAAACUCUGCCUACGUUAUGUGUGUUUCAAGGCACGAAAGUGCACUAUCACAUUUCCACAAACCUGACUACCCUUCUACCUUUAUGCCUCAGUUAGUACCUAAUAGUGACUAUUCUCGCGUUUCUAUUUCUCGCAAAGUAGCACUCUUGAACUUUAACCAACAAGUCCACAACCCCCAAAUCCAUUGUC